UGCUGGCAGGCAGCGCAGGUUGACCGCGAAGAUUCGCGAUCGGUUUCGCUCAGCUCGUCUCGUCGUCCGUCAAUCAGUCGAGCUGAGGCGUUGAUAAACACAAGUCGCGUUUUAUUUCUGGCGUAUACGAACUAGUGGAGUGCACAGUGCUUGCUAAUAAGUUGAAGACAUUUUGUGGUGCUGAAGCAAGUUGAACGCUGUUUUAAGGAUCUGGAUAGUGUUGCCAUUUGGGGGUGAUUAGCAGCCUUGCACAGCUGUUUGAGCGCUAUCGAUUGGCCCGCGAGGGCACGUGUUCGGGCGUUCGAUAUUUUUGAAAGUGUGCGACAGUCCAAGCCGGAAUUGUGGGUUUUGAAUUUUGGAAAGCUGCACAGGCGUUCGCGCGAUUUGGCGAGUGACUAUUUGAAUUCGCGCAGUUUCGAAUCGUUUCGAAUUUGAUUAGCAAAUAAAAAAAGUAGAGACUCGGAUGACUUGUGGGACAAAGGAAAAAAACCCGAGCAAGAGUGUUUGUGAGUUGAAUAAAUAAGGCCGCCCGAGGAAACGUUUGAAGAGCUGAAUGAGCUGAUGUGUGCCAAUUCAUGCCACGACUGAUAACCAACGGUCAGCUUAUCUUAUCAGCCCGCGGCAGAAGGCAGAAGUGAACGUGAAGGAGUGCAAAAGCUCAAUUGCCAGCCCAGUGAGGAGUGAUUAAUUUGUUUUUGUUUUGAAAGUUCGCACAAGUACUGCUCGUUGUGCCACUAAACAGAAUCGUAAAAUGUUACAACUGUUUCGAGACGAAAAUCUUUAAAAAUAGAACAUGAAGUAAAUGCGGAAAUAGAGUGACCCCUUGCGAAAAGUGGAAACCCGUGAAAAAAUAUAUCAAGUGAAUGAACAUAUACAUAUACUGAGGUGGGGUACAUAACCCAACCGAGAACAUAAAGAAGCAAAACAAGAACCACGACGAACAGAUCGAGAAGAAUACUAAGUGGCAAGUCAAACCAGCCCCAACGGAUAGCCGCUGGCUGCCGCCACACAAGCGUGCUCAUUUGUAUUGGAGGACGUGUUUUGGGGACCAGAAGUAGCUCCGUUGAUAAUCAAUUUUUGAAAUCAUAAAACGAUCAUUGCUGCAGUUCCCGUUAUAUAAACCUGGAUAUGAGCGGUAUCGGAAACGCUCAAGGCACUAAUGUUGGCUUCUCCACCAUUCCGGAGUUUUACGAUCAAUCCAGCGUGAGCAGCACCAGCACCAUCAAGCUAGAGUCCGUUUCUCCCAGUCCGUCCUCGAGCAACACAUCCAUGAUGGACGCACUGAGCAACAAUCCGAUCUUGACCACGGCUUCCGUUCCCAUUCCUUCGCGCCAUGCAAACCAACGGAUGAUUACCGAUCCGACCGAUUACUUCAUCGAAAUCGACCAAUCUCAAUCGCCACACAUGCUGCAGGACAUCAGUUUCAUAACCACGUCCACCAAUUCCAACUUGAGCGCUUCGACGCCGGUGGACACGAUUUUCACACUGCAGAAUAUUUCAGACGCUGGUCUCGUCGGUGAAGGAAUCCAAAUCGGCACGAUCAACAUCAACGGGUUCGGAAACACAGAGAUAUGGAAUACGGAUUCGUUCGGACAGAUCAUCUCACCCUCGUCAACGGUUUCUUCCGCCACAAACGCACUCGGUCAGCAAGGACAGUUUCACAUGGAUGAAGACGAUAUCUACCAGCUCGAAAAGGACGAUCUCAUUGGUGACCCAACGCUAAGUGACAUUUUUGCCCACGAUCUGCUACAUGAGGACCUGAUGCUACUAAAUCCUCCUCUGAGUCAGCCAUCGCCGAACCUCAGCGCCGACAGUGGCAGUGGCAGUGCAAUCCACCUUUCACCUAGCCUACCCCAGCAAAUUCUUCGUUCCAAUCCAAAUUCCAAUGCAAACAACAACAUGAUAAUGACGAUUGGAACCAACAUGCAACAUGUGAAUGACCUACACGUUCCAAAUAUGGGCGAACUCUACGAUGAACAAACUCGAAUUUCAACUUCUCCCUAUGCUACCAACACCAAUAUCAGUUCGCCUGCAACUUUCUCUCCGGGUAGCCACAGUUCCAGCCCCUCGCUGGGAUACUCUCAAGCGCAAACCCCUCCACUCCAGAACAGGCUACACCAACAGCUCCAGAUGAAUGCCAUGAAUAACAACAAUCGUUUGCUAAAAUUGGAAUCCACCGACAAGACCAAAAACCAAAAUGUGACCAACAACAACUUCAGCAGGAAUCCGGGAAACGUCGGCCAAGUCCAGUACAAUCCGAAGUAUUCCACGCUGCAACAGCUGCUGAUGAGCAACACCGCGGACCGAAGCGGCAUGCUGCUCGGACAAUCGGUGCCGGGAAACUCAUCGUCCGUACUGAUGAGUGGUGCUUCGCUUAGCCCGGGAGGUUUCAGCGGACGGAGGAUGCUACACCAUAUGCACGGCCAGGCCGGCUCUAGUCAUUCGGGUAUCGGUGGGGCGGGCAGCGGUGGUGGCACGAGCGGUGGCACCAUGUCACGGCUGUCCUCUUCGGCACCGACCCACAUGGGAAUGGACGUCCUGAUGUGGCAACGUCGGGAACCCCGUCCGCAUCUGCUGUCCACGGGAAGCCUGGCGGAGGCUGGCUCCACUUCGUCGCUCAGCACCGGAAGCGUGCUCAGCCCGGAGGCACCGGAUUUUUCGCACGACGAGGGCUAUUCCGACGAUAGCGACCAUUACGAAGACUUUUCUAGCGGAGACGAGGGAUCCGAUCUAGAGGACAUGGGACAGGCAUCUGGCAGCGGUCCAAGCAGCUCCAAGGCUAAGCGAUACUUCUGGCAGUACAACGUGCAAGCAAAGGGCCCCAAGGGCCAGCGGUUGGUCAUCAAGACGCACACGGAGGAUCCGCACUUCCUGAACGAGGUCACCGAUCCGGUCUUCAGCCCCAACUGCUCUGUACGCGGCAUAAAGAACCUUCGUUUACAGCACAGUGGCAAGGCACGCAAAGGUGACGGCAACGAUCUGACACCGAAUCCGAAAAAGCUGCACAGCAUCGGCAAGGAGCUGGACAAGCUCGGACGGGUGAUCAACGACAUGACGCCGGUCAGCGAGCUGCCGUUCAACGCACGGCCGAAAACCAGGAAGGAGAAGAACAAACUGGCAUCGAGGGCUUGUCGCUUGAAGAAGAAGGCACAGCACGAAGCCAACAAGAUCAAACUGUACGGACUGGAAACGGAACAUAAGCGAUUGCUGAGUGGCAUCAAGCAGAUGAAGCAUAUACUAGUGACCAAAUGCAGCCAGGUACCGUCCGAACCAGUGGAGGAUCAGAAAAAAAAGAUGGACACAUUAGUCAGCGCUGCGACAAAACUGAAAAUUGCCGGAAACUCAACGGAAUUCGUCAACAAAAUACUGGAGGUCAUCAAAGCUGGAAACAGCGUCAAUAUCGACAAAGUGCUGGAAGAAUUCUAAAUUCGCCUUAGAGGGUAUUGAUUGACGACGACGACGGGAGACGCGAUGAAACGAUUUGAAUGAUGAGACUGUAAGAUAAUACUAGACGUUAAGGCAACAGAUCAUUUACAGAACUUGUAAUCACUAGCGUAGAGAGCGAGAGCAUCGCAGAAGACCAUUUGCCCCUUAUUUAUGGAUAAUAUUGGAUACUUCCUUCUUUUUGUACGACGCAAUGAGGAGCACAACGCGGCCAUAGUAGCGGAUACGCUUCUCCUCGGAGAAGCGUUGACGUGGCCAAUAUCAGGGAAUGAGUACAUUAUUUUCUAUCGAGAGCCAACAACGUGUCCCUACGAGUCAGUGUAACUGGCUGAUCGAUUGAGGUGAUAUCUGGUAGCGGUUCAACCGGGUGAUAAAUUCAGAAAACUGUGGUAGAAUCGAGCUCAGGAUUGCUCUGCACGUUCGAGUAAAGAUGAAAAGACAGGCAAACAGUGCUCCUUACGUUUUGUUGAGAUUAAAUGCUCGAAAAUAUUGCAAACUAUAACGUUGUGUAACAAUGUAUAACCUACUGUAUUGAACGGAUGAUGCAUCGCUGAGGUGUGGACCUCUAAGUUUCCAAAUAGGAAUGACGAUUGAUAAACUGCUGAUGGUAACAUAUGUACCUUUUAUAUUCAUAUUAUGAAGUAUGACUAAGUAUCAAGUUUGUAUAAUUAUAACAAUAAGAUGAUUUAUUUUAACCAAGCCCGAGUGAUAAGUUUAAGCACAGUUGGUUCGAGUGUUACAGAGUUGGCGAAAAUUACUACUAUUGAUAUUCACAUUUAUUUGGUCAACUUGUUGAAAAAAAAAAUAUCCAACGCAAUCAAAGUUCUGAACAUAUACCGUAGAUAAGUAGUUUUUAAAAUUUCAUUUACUUCAAAAAAGUGAAAAUGAUGCGUUUUGUUCUGUAAAUUACAGAGAGCUAAUAUUAAAGUUGUAACGAUUAUUGCUUAAACACGGAGUGCGACGGAAGGGCGAAGGACAGUUUUCACUUUUUUGGAAAUGCGUUUUUGGCUAGGAGGAAGUUGUUUCGUUUGCAGUGAUAUCUCUCGGUUUCAUGGUUUUGCUAUACCAUUCAAAGGAGACGCAGAAAUUUUCCGCAUAUUCGACACGGGUCUAUGCCGUUUGGCAUAAUGCCAUUUGGUAUACAUAUAGUUGGUUGGCAUAAUGUCCAUUCGAAAUAACAGUCUUUUUUGUGAACAUUAUUAUUUUUACAACAGUGCUUGAAACGUCUUAAAAUGCUUAAAUUUUCAAAUGACUUCAUGCCUAACGGGGUAGACCCAUUUGGCACAAACAAUACACAACAUACCUUUCAACAGUUCCACCUUGCAUUUAAUGAUAUCAUGUGCUGCUGAAACACUUUGCUCACUUCCAAAAGCUGUAAACAUUUUUAUAAACAGUCAUUUUGUUCAUGUUUCCACCUCUAUUUUUUUUUCUUUAUAAACAACAUCUGUGAUUAUCUUUGUUAGUGGGUGUCUUUUUGUUUUCCCGUUUAUAGAAGUAGGGUUAGUUUCGUAAAAUGUUUGCAUAUUGUUAAGACUAGGCUUACUAAAUUCAAAACCACUUGGCUCUAUUUUUGAAACCAAUACCGACGAAGAUGAAUGAUGUAGAAGGUUCCUCAAAGUUAUCCGAUCCGAAUCGCUUCACUUUCGACUAUCGAAUCGUUAAUCAUUACAGUUUAUGCUACGAUUUUGUGUUUCGCUCACUGAGCUAGCCUCGUAUUGCUAUGGACCCGCAUUUCACUCUGUAUUUUGAUCCAUUAUUAAAUAUCUAUUAUCCUCCACACUAUUUUCCCCUCUAAGUAAAGCCAAACGAGAUAGCAGCGGUGAAACAAACAUGGCGCAUGGACUGAAUGAAACAGAGAACAUUAAAUAUUUUUACGAAAACCAUAUUGUAGGUACCUGUAUGCCGAAAACGAGUAACAAAACAGAUUGUUAGUGAUCUGUCACUAGAGUUAGUGUACACUGGAAAUAGGAAUCUGGUCGAAAAUACUACCUCAUAACAAUUGACAAAGUAAUGAUAGCACGGUAGAGACAUGGUACCAAAAGUAAUGUAAAACUCACUUUAAAAGUACACAAAAACACACGAGAAACAUAUAAACAAUAGUUUUGAUCAGGCUGGACAAAAGUGGAUUCGUUCCGGUGAACAGAUUACGAGUAAAUGUAGAUGCCAUAAUGAUUGUGACGUUAUAAACGCACCAAAAACAAGACUUGAACACUAUCUUGAACCGGUUCCCGCGUGCGUGGAACGUUAUUUUCCAAAACUACAAAUUUCUAGCAGCAGGUUUAACCUCUGUGCGUAUCUAUAUGGACCCCUAACAGCACACACAAACACUUAUAAUCAGUAAUAUGUCCCUAAACAACCUGUACAAGCUGCGGCACCUUAACAAACUGUCGCUCAAUCGACAAAUAUUUCCGAUCAAACAAAUAACUGAAAACCACUAUGGUCACCUUUUUCCGAAACGAAAGCUUAUAUAUUUCAUACAAGAAACGAAAUCUGUAAUAGCUGUGCUUAUGUUAUUUAAGAUCCAACAAAUAUUUGAAAUAAACAGUCGAAAACCUGAA